GAGAGGGAAUGUGAGAGGGAGUGAGGGAAGCUGCCCGUGGCCGUCCACUCUCUCAUGGCGAUGUAACACCCCGACAGCAAUCAGGACGCCGUGGAAAUAAUCUUUAAUUUGAUCAUCUCUGCGCUGGCUUCUUGUGCGCUGUAGAACCCGCAUCCCUCCGGCGUUGUGUUCGCUUCAACUAAUUGUUGCGUUGCAGACGCGCAUCCCUCCGUGCAGCCUUAAAUCGCACCUCUGCAGCAUCCGCGCAGCGCAGCCUCUGCCGCCGAGGAUUCGACCGAACCGGGUGACUGGGUUCACAUAUCUGGGUUCAUGCAUCGCCCCCCUCCCCGUCCACCCAUCCUCCCCCUCCACCUCGUCUCUGGACCGGCGGCUGACGGUGUCGUUCAUCGACGUGAAUGGAAGUCAUGAAUUAAGGGGAGGAAACUCCAUUUGUUGAAGACAAAAAAAAAAAAAAGUUCGGAUCGUUCCUCCUAUCACGCAUGAUCGUCACGUGCAUGGAUUUGGGUCAUCGCGAAUUAUUUAAACGGCCGUCGCGAAACCCGAGGAGAGGCUGGUUGCGCAGAUGAGGGUUACGAAGCCACACGCAGCGCUCCUUACCUGGAAUACCUGAAGACCCCCCCCCCCUCCCCCCACCAAUGACACUCAGCUGCAUGAACUUAACAACUCAGUUGCAUCUCUCCGCGGCUCACGUGUUGGCCCCCCGUGGUGAUUUAUGCUUCCUAUGCGAUCGCUCGAAGCCCUGAGUGAAACAUACCCCGGACCGUCCUCCCACGAGGCGGCCGUCUGAGGCGCGUUGACGCUCGGGAGGAUUUUCCGAUCGCGAUCACAUUUGGCCGUAACGCCAAACACAGAAUCGUCUCACUCGUUUUUUUUUUUUGUUGCGCCAAGUAGCUGCACCAAGAUCCGACCGCCGCCGAACGAUAGACUCUCGGUUCUCAGACUCGGUUCGGGGAGAUGGCCGCGAUCGCCAGCUCCCUGAUCCGGCAGAAACGCCAGGCGAGGGAGUCGAACAGCGACCGGGUCUCUACUUCGAAACGUCGACCCAGCCCCAGCAAAGACCCCCGCUCGAUCUGCGAGAGGCAUUUCUUGGGGGUCUUCAGCAAAGUCCGUUUCUGCAGCGGCAAGAAGAGACCCGUUCGGCGGCGACCAGAUGCACCCUCGAAACCUCCACAGGUGUCCCAUAAGGGCUGCAGGCUAGAGCCGCAGCUGAAAGGCAUCGUGACCCGACUGUUCAGCCAGCAGGGCUUCUACCUGCAGAUGCAGCCGGAUGGAACCAUCGACGGCAGCAAGGACGAGAACAGCGACAACACCCUGUUUAAUCUUAUUCCUGUGGGUCUGAGAGUGGUGGCCAUCCAGGGAGUGAAGAGUGGCUUCUACAUUGCCAUGAAUGGAGAGGGCAUGCUCUACAGAUCGGAGAUGUUCACACCUGAGUGCAAGUUCAAGGAGUCUGUUUUCGAGAACUACUAUGUGAUCUACUCGUCCACCGUGUACCGCCAGCAGGAGUCGGGUCGGGCCUGGUUCCUCGGCCUCACCAAGGAGGGACAAGUCAUGAAGGGCAACCGGGUCAAGAAAACUAAGCCCUCGUCACACUUUGUGCCGAGGCCCAUUGAAGUUUGUAUGUACAGGGAGCCGUCAAUGCAUGAGAUAGAGGACAAGCACCGCUCCAGGAAAAGCUCAGGGACUCCCACCAUGAACGGAGGAAAAGCUGUCCAUCACGACUCAACAUAGCAGCGGGGGGAGGGUCUUCCAGCAGGGGGAGUGACCUCAUCCUAACUCGUGGGGAGAGGCCACAGGAAAACUCGCUACGAGCCCCCCAAAAAGAAUACGCACCACCAUCCCUCCUGCAAGAAAACAGGGUGUCGCAACGACGAGGAGCUAUUAGUGUACACCCAAGACAACAAAAACGGAACUGAACUCUUGCCUGUGAAAACCUUUUAGAUGAAUUAAUAUCAAACCAGAGGAUUUAAAAAAAAAAUGUUUUCAAUCAGGACUUGACCAACCUUUUAUGCAAAAAAAAAGAGAAAAAGCUGUGAUAAACAAACAAAGGAAUGGUGGUCUCUCUUCACACAAAUAUUUAUUGUUUCCAAAUUGUGCUGUGAAAAACAAGCUUUAAUACAUGUUAAUUUUAAUUAAUUGAUUUCUAUUGAAUUAAUUUCUAAUGCUAUUGCACUCCCAUGUACUUUACUGUGUUAUUGUUGUCAGUAAUAACUAUUCCAUCCGCAUCAUUACUAAUCUGUUGUAUCUUAUCAUUCUAAUUACUAUCAUUGUUAUCCUAGCUUUAUUUCUAUUUUUAAAGAAAGUUUCGCUGAUUUUUUCUUUUUUCUUAGCAAUUUUUUUCUCUCAUCGUUUGAUCAUGAAUGCACUAACUGCUCUUGUGUGAGGGUACGACUGAAUGUAUUUGAUAGUUUUCUGUGUUGGACCUCCAAUGGAAACAGAGGGCUUUGGGUGGGAUGUUAUUUACUCAGGUGUGUACUGAAAGUGUGACUAAUGGGACAGAUAGGGUUGUUUCCAGCGCUCUAACAUGAGUACACAAGUACUCCCCUAUAUAAUGACACGACAGGACUGAUUCAAGCAAUAUGAUGGAGAGCAGUCAGCAUGUCUCUAGAAGAUAGUAAAAACAAAGUGAAAGCACAUCACUGUGGUUGAGUGCGUUCGUCAGCAGACGAGACUGACAAAGGAAGUUGGAAAGUAGGUAAAAGUCAAGUAAAACUGUUUUGAUAUCACUUCCAUAUUCUCUUUAACAUUUGCUAAGAUUAUUAUAUUUUAUUUAAGUAAAGUCCAAACUUAUCAAAAAUGGUAAGUAAAAGUAUUUUCACCAAAAGCUAAGGGGACAAUAACAACCAGCAAUCAGCAAAAUGAGCCAUGGCCCAAAAAAACGGUCACUUUACAUUUACACCUCAACAAACACGGCCCCCCUUUCUCUGCUGUUAGCUCGGCUUAAAAUAUAACCAUAAAACAGUAUUCAUGCCUUCGAACUAUAUGGAUAAAAGACUCCAGCUGUUUUUUUCUGAGCGGGCGCGGCAGUGAGGAUGUGUGUCGACUAGUUUCUAAGACGAUUUCUGUUCGGUUUCAUUGUGAAAGUGUUAGUGAUUUCUCAAAAGUGGUGGACAGGGUGCCUGAUGGACCUGACCAGGUUGCAAUCAUUAAAACCACCGCAAUGGAAGCAGGAUGUCUCAUUGAGGAACCAGUUGGUCUGGACUGAGCCAGGUUUAGGGGAGGAUGUUCUAUCAUGCUGGUGAGUUUAUCUCCCCUUUGUUUUCUCCCACAUGGUAACCCAUGAAGUUUCCACCCUCCCCCGCCCCCUCCUGGUUUUGUGACCCAUGAAAUGAGGCAUUUGCUCCAUUGUGGUGGGAAGCUUCUCUUUCAUAAAUCAACAUGCUGACAGGUGAAUUGAAUGGUACAUUUGGCGUGUACGCUACAUAGCUCAUUCUCGAUCCCCAAUUAGUUUGUCUAACUCAGGAAGCCCUACAAUUGUUCCACGAAUGGGGCCGGACAGGAAGCCCGGCCGCUCGUUGUCCAGCAACCGUCGCACAAAGCCUGGCCACCUGUGUGGUGUUCAAGGAGGUCGGGACCAGGGCGGUGGUGUUUUUAUCAUUAAAAAGCAGUGUACAGUUAAGAUUAGCCAGGUAAGGAAGGUAAGGAAGGUCAGAAAAGGGAUUACAGGAGCUGAGAUGAGCAUGGACAAUGCAUGAAUGCAAGAGGUGAUGUGUGCUCGAUUUCCCGGGCGAGAGCUUAAAAACAAAAUAAAAACAUUGUUUCAAAUUUGGAAAGAGAGAAAGUCCAACACAUUUUUAUGCAACGUUUUGAUGCAAGAGUUUCUCAACUCUGCUCUGUCCGGUUGGAAAUUGUAUGCCAAUUCAGUGGUAUGUACAGUCAAUAGCACACAUUCAGCUGCAAAGAGCAAACUGCAGAGAUAUCGUCGAUCUGGUGUUCUACCAUGUGCCUGGGUCCAUAGCUGGUGCAAGUAACGGUAGAUUAGUUCAACUUCCACAGCAUCUACCUAACAGUUAUACAUACAGCAUAAUAUAAAUGAAACUGACAAGUCAACAGGCAAGACCAGCAUAUGAAAGUAUCUUUUUAUUGAGGUUUAUAUUGGUGCAAAUGAGAUACGUAGAGACGUAACGCAUGCAAUUGAAUGUAAUUGAUGUCAGUUGACAGCAAAAUGAGAGGAUUCAAGUAGGACAAAAAAGGCAAAGAGGUAAAAAUAGCUGGUGGAAGAGAGCGCUAAACGAAAGCACUUUUCAAGAGGUUUAUUGAUUUAUGAAAGGGUAACCAAAGGCUUUGGUUGUUUGUGAUAUUAAGUAGAAUUUUUUUUUUUCAUGUUUGAAGACGAGUUCUCUGCAUUGGAACACACCCAUAUAUGCAUUAUGAAUUGUGAGAUGAAAUAAAAAAAUUAUGCAUUAAAAAUCUGAAUGAAGUUAGUGAUUGUUUAAGAAUAAAGACUAUGUUAUCGAAAACUA